CGGCGCUGCGUCCGUCGGGGUGGCCGGCGGCACGUUUUCCGCAGAGCUCGGCCCCGCGGAGCGGCUCCCGGCCUGGGCGCGGCGCUGACGCGGCUCUCCCAUUUCGCAGAGCGGAGACACUGAGGCACGGACACCCGGCGGCGACCUGCCCUGCCUGCCCCAAGGUCCAGCAGCUGGACAUGGAGGACGGACAUUCAUCACCUCUAUCAUUCUCCAGGGGUCCACACAAAGAGUCUGUGCAUCAGGCCCCUGCUGGACUCCCCAGAGAAACUGUGUUCCCUUCUUGUGUUCUUCCCCCCAAAGAAAUUCCUUCUUUGUCUCCCACUGCCCCUCGGCAAGGUGCCCUGCCCCAGUCCGACAGUACUCCGAAGCAAGAGACUUCUGGCCAGAUGUCACAUGUUCUCCAGAAGGGACCUUCACUCCUGUAUCCUGCCACCUCUGAGCAAGACGCACACCACCAGGGAUCCCUGGCUUCCCAAGAAGAAACCCAGUACUCUCCUUCAGCUGCUGGUCAGGGGACCCCUCUCCUUUCCCACUCCACCCACCAUCAGGAAGCUCCACCCCACUCUCCUGAAGUUCCUGAGAAAGACUCGCUGACUCUGUCCCCCACAGUUCCCGAGACUGACAUGGAUGCCCUGCUCCAAAGUCCCACUUUGCAAAAGGACACCCCCUUCCAUACCUCUUCUACAGCCCAGAAGGAACAGCCACUGCCCACCGCAGAGAUCACUCGCUUGGCUGUGUGGGCUGCCGUCCAAGCGGUGGAGAGGAAACUGGAGGCCCAGGCCAUGCGGCUACUGACCCUGGAGGGAAGGACAGGGACGAAUGAGAAGAAGAUAGCAGACUGCGAGAGAACGGCUGUGGAGUUUGCAAACCAUCUGGAGAGCAAGUGGGUUGUGCUGGGGACCCUGCUGCAGGAGUACGGGCUGCUGCAGCGUCGGCUGGAGAACAUGGAGAAUCUGCUGAAAAACAGGAAUUUCUGGAUCCUGCGGCUGCCCCCAGGCAGCAAUGGAGAAGUUCCCAAGGUCCCUGUCACAUUUGAUGAUGUUGCCGUCCAUUUCUCGGAGCAGGAAUGGGGAAACCUCUCCGAGUGGCAGAAGGAGCUCUACAAGAAUGUAAUGAGGGGCAACUAUGAGUCUCUGGUCUCCAUGGACUAUGCAAUAUCCAAACCAGACCUCAUGUCACAGAUGGAGCGUGGAGAAAGGCCAGCCAUGCAGGAGCAAGAGGACUCUGAGGAGGGUGAGACGCCCACAGACCCCAGUGCUGCACACGAUGGCAUCGUGAUUAAGAUCGAGGUGCAGACCAACGAUGAGGGCUCAGAAGGACUGGAGACGCCAGAGCCGCUGAUGGGACAAGUGGAGGAGCAUGGCUUCCAGGACUCAGAGCUGGGUGACCCGUGUGGAGAGCAGCCAGACCUGGACAUGCAGGAGCCAGAGAACACACUGGAGGAGUCCACCGAAGGCUCCAGUGAGUUCAGCGAGCUCAAGCAGAUGCUGGUGCAGCAGAGGAGCUGCACGGAGGGGAUCGUGAUAAAGACUGAGGAGCAAGAGGAGGACGAGGAAGAGGAGGAUGACGACGACCUGCCACAGCACUUGCAACCCCUUGGGCCGCUAUCCGGGAGGUACGAGGCCAGUAUGUACCAGACCCCCCUGCCUGGGGAGAUGUCCCCCGAGGGCGAGGAGAGCCCCCCACCCCUGCAGCUGGGCAACCCAUCAGUGAAGAGGCUGGUGCCCAGCAUUCAUGGGCAUUCUCAUGGGCAUGGUGAGCGGCACCUGGGGGAGAGCCGCGGGACCUCCAGCCAGCAGCAGCGGAACCGACGUGGCGAGCGGCCCUUCACUUGCAUGGAGUGCGGCAAGAGCUUCCGGCUGAAGAUUAACCUCAUCAUCCACCAGCGCAACCACAUCAAGGAGGGGCCCUAUGAGUGUGCCGAGUGUGAGAUCAGCUUCCGCCACAAGCAGCAGCUCACGCUACACCAGCGCAUCCAUCGGGCGCGCAGUGGCUACGGCUCCCCCGAGCGCGGGUCAGCCUUCAAUCCCAAGCACUCACUCAAGCCGCGUCCCAAGUCACCCAGCUCAGGCAGUGGUGGUGGCCCCAAGCCCUACAAAUGCCCUGAGUGUGACAGCAGCUUCAGCCACAAGUCAAGCCUGACCAAGCACCAGAUCACACAUACCGGGGAGAGGCCCUACACUUGUCCGGAAUGCAAGAAGAGCUUCCGCUUGCACAUCAGCCUGGUGAUCCACCAGCGUGUGCAUGCGGGCAAGCACGAGGUCUCCUUCAUUUGCAGCCUGUGUGGCAAGAGCUUCAGCCGCCCAUCGCAUCUGCUGCGCCACCAGCGGACUCACACCGGUGAACGGCCCUUCAAGUGCCCGGAGUGCGAGAAGAGCUUCAGCGAAAAAUCUAAGCUCACCAACCACUGCCGCGUGCACUCACGCGAACGGCCGCACGCGUGCCCGGAAUGCGGCAAAAGCUUCAUCCGGAAGCACCACCUGCUGGAACACCGGCGCAUCCACACGGGUGAGCGGCCCUACCACUGUGCCGAGUGUGGCAAGCGCUUCACGCAGAAGCACCACCUGCUGGAGCACCAGCGAGCGCACACGGGCGAGCGGCCCUACCCCUGCACGCACUGCGCCAAGUGCUUCCGCUACAAGCAGUCGCUCAAGUACCACCUGCGGACCCACACGGGCGAGUGAGCAUGCGCCCCGCCCCUGCCCCGGCCAGAUGAGCAGCCAGGUGCAAGGGUCUAAGGCCCCUGGGACAGGUGCCUCGGCUGCCCCCAGGCUGAGCCCAGUGGGCGGGAACGGGGCGCCCCAAGCCCUUCUGCUGUGAACCCUCCUCCCCUCCUGUCCCUUCUCCCCAGGAGGGGGUAGUGAGACCAGGUCGCUUGUUGCCUGCUUCCCCAGGGCCCCAGGGGGGAGCGCUUGGGCCUGGGGAACCCCUUCAGGCUGUUAAUUUCCUUGACAAUAAAAUGGAUGAAAACAAUCUGCACGGGGGCAGUGAUUUGGCUGCCAGCCACUCACAGGCGCGAUGCAGGGCCAUUUAGUCAGGGAUAGAACUGUCUGAUUACCUUUUGGAUACUGUGGUUCUAUUUGAUAAUAAUAGAGUAAUUUUUAAAAGAC